AUGUCUCUGGCCAUGAGCCUGGUUGGAGACCCGGCGCUGGUCAUCCUUGAUGAGUGUACAUCCGGCGUGGACCCCAUUUACCGAGGCCGCCUGUUCCGCGCAAUCACGCGCAUCCAGCGCUCCAGUGGCAUGGCUGUGCCCUUCACGUCCCACUGCAUGCGCGAGUGCGACCAGCUCUGCACUCGCGUGGGCGUUCUGUCGGGUGGCGACUUCACGCGCGUCGGCGACACGGUGGCCCUGACGCAGUCGGCCACCCAGGGCUGCACCAUCGUGGUCAAGCUGACCGUGGCGCAGAGCAUGCAAGACGGCUCCAUCAAGGAGAUCAACCGGGGCAUCAAGCGCGAAUUCCCCCAGUCGGUCAUCGCCGAGAAGCGGGAGGUGAGCGCACGCACACCUUACUGCACCGAUAACUUCCUAGGUACACACGCUGUUUGCUGCGACCUUGCGAGAAAUGAGUUCAGAAAGCCUCAGCAGCAGCAGUGA